AUGGAGGACAGUGACAACAUUCAUACCGCUGGAUUGAAAUCGAGGUCAUUGAUUGAACAAGUGCUACAAGUGCGACGGCUCCCCCCUGCAAAGAACGGUAGCAGUGAUAUCUUCACCAAUGCAGGACCACUCUGGCACCCGCCAGGCGCCAAGGGCAUAUACGGUGGAAUCUGCAUUGCCCAGAGCCUCCAGGCCGCCCAGGCAACGGUGCCAUCAUACUUCUUUGUACAUUCCCUUCAUGGACAGUUCGUCUUGGCUGGAAGGGCCGAUGAACAUCUUGUCUAUCAGGUCUCGCGCGUCAGUGACGGGAAAUCAUUCGCCACACGCACGGUCAAGGUAGUUCAAAAAAAGGGAGAGAAGAUAAUCUUCACGGCGAUCAUCAAUUUCACCCGAAACGACACAACAUCGAGACAACAGAUACAAAUACGGCACGCUGAGUUGAUGCCGAGGGGCAUACCAGAGCCAACAUCUGAGCAAGAAUGCAGGACAGGCUGGAAUAACGUCUCCUUUGGCAGGCCAGAACUUCCUCCAUACCUGACGAACAAGGUCGGCAUUAUUAAUACCGACGCCCAAUGCCCGCACCAGAAACGUAUCCAUCAUUGGAGCAAAGCCAGUCAAAAGAUAUCCUCGUCCUCCGGCAGCAGCCGCGGAGUCCAUACACAUCUGGCGGCACUAGCUUACAUUUGCGAUAACUAUUUUAUUGGCACCGUCCCUCACGUACACAGCAUAUGGGAUUUUGUCAAGCCGCCGCUUACCGAAUUUGAGAUAGGGAGACGUGACCCGUCGCAACACCAGCAGGAAACCAUGCGGCAUUUCCAAGUUCCGGGUUCGGACGAAGAUGUGACGGUUCAGAAAAGGGGCCAGUCUACCUUUGACCCCCAGGAUAAUGAAGAUCAGUCCCGGCCGCGUGUGGGAAUGAUGGUCACCUUGAGCCACACCAUGUUCUUCCAUGCUCCGAAAGCCGUCCGCGCCGACGAAUGGAUGCUCAUGGAGUUGGCCAGUCAUUGGGCCGGCGAUGGUCGAGGCGUAGCGACGCAAAAGAUCUGGUCGAGAGAAGGCACUCUGCUGGCGAGUUGUGUGCAGGAGGGUGUGGUUCGGCUCCUGGAUGAGAGAGAGAAUCGUGUUACUGCCGCAGGAAAGGGCCUAAUAAGCCGAUUGUGA